CAUGGAAACAGAAGCUGAUGGAGAGGACUGUGGAGGACCAGAACCAGCCAGGAACUCACAUCCACUUUUACAACCAGAGACUGAAGACCAGACUGCAGACUCUUCAGAGACUGAAGUCAGUGAUGGUGAUUGGGAGGAGAGCACUCAGUCAGCUUUAAACUCUCUGAAACAUGAUUCAAGAUGUAAGAAAACAUUCAGCUGCUCUGAGUGUGGGAAAAGAUUUGGCCGCAAGUCACAUCUGAAGCCACACAUGAGAAUCCACACAGGUGAGAAACCUUUCAGCUGCUCAGUUUGUAAUACAUCUUUUACACAGAGAGGAAGUUUACAGAAACACAUGACAGUCCACACACGAGAGAAAACAUUCAGCUGCAGUGUUUGUAACAAAAGAUUUGCCUGGUGUCUACAGCUCAAAAGACAUACAUGUGUCGGUCGUCAGUCAUCACAGCUUCAUCAGAGUCAAACUGAGGGGAACAGAGAGGCAGAGCCUGAACCUCAGUCAGCUUUAAACUCUCUGAAACAUGAUUCAAGGCAUGAGGAAUCAUUUAGCUGCUCUGAGUGUGGGAGAAGAUUUGGCCAAAAGGGAAAUCUGAACAGACACAUGAUGACUCACACAGGAGAGAAGCCUUUUAGCUGCUCAGUCUGUAAUGAAUCUUUUGCACAGAAAGGAGAUGUACAGAGACACAUGAGAACUCAUACAGGAGAGACGCCUCUCAGCUGCUCUGAGUGUGGGAGAAGAUUUAAGGACAGGAGAAAUCUGAUGAGACACGUAAGAACUCACACAGGAGAAAAACCUUUCAGCUGCAUGUUUUGUAAGAAGUCUUUCACACAGAGAGGAAAUUUACAGACACACAUAAUAAUCCACACCGGAGAGAAGCCUUUCAGCUGCUCAGUCUGUACGAAAUCUUUUGCGCGGAUCGGAGACUUACAAAGACACAGGAGAACUCACACAGGCGAGAGGCCGUUCAGCUGCACAGUCUGUAAGAAAUCUUUCACACAGAGUGGAGAUGUGCAGAGACACAUGAGCAUCCACAGGAAAGAAGGAGGAGGAGGACGAAGAUGAAGACGAACUACACACAGCUUUACCAGCCGGGCUGCUGUCUGGAUGCAGCUAACGAUUAUUUUCAUUGUUUAUUAAAGGGUAACUUUGUUAUUUUUCAA